AAUCGUCAGUUCCCAACUAACUAUUUUGACAUUCAUAAUUUUGCUUUCAACCUCUUUGGGUAGGAACAUUAAAUUUUACUGUUAUUUAUUUAAGUAUUUGCAAUGAAAUGUCGCUCCGUUUAAGAGUGUUAAAUUUAGUAGAAAUAGUGCUGCGAGUGCCACCUCUAUUUGUGAUCGAUGAAAUACUCAAAGUUGGACUUGGAAUUUACUCAUUCACCGAGCAAGCUUUUCCGCUUUUCGAAGAAAAUUUCUACAAAAACAGCCCUCAGAAUGUCACCACAACUUCACAAUACAAUCCUGUACUGUAUAGAUUUGUUGUGAUUGGAUUAAUUAGACUAAUAUUAAGUACUGUAGGAUGUGUGAUAGCGCUAUGUCUCUUCAUGCUGAACACCAAGCAUCUGAUGGUGGUGUACAUGUACCUGAUUUCCUUGGGAGUGGUAUUCGUAUCGUAUUGGGCGAACGUAAGCACAGUAUCUCUCCUGGUGAACACGAUAGAAGGGAACAACGCCAUCUGGGACCUGAUGAGACACAUAUUGGUGCUGGACUACGAGGGUCUGUUCUCCGAAAAUGGAACGGCUCUCCACCUCAUCCAGAACUGCCUGUUCCAAGCCGUCUUGGCCUACAUAUUCGUCAACAUCCACCUGGGACCUAGGUAUCCCACCUUGCAGAAAUUGCUACCUGUUACCUUCUUCGCGCCCAUAUUCGUAUCUGUGUUGCCUAUCCCACUACCACAAGCCUUGCUGAACCACUCUCCGGCCGUCUCAGCUCUGCUGCCCCUAGCCCUCAUCAAGUUCGUCCUCUGGACCUCCCUAGUAUCCAUCGUUCAUACUGUCUACAGCGGCUACCUCCACGCUAGGAACUUCGUGUCCAACUUCGGCAUGUCCGCGUUGGUAGAGGCCGAGUGGAUGAGAUUGAACGUGCCUGAAGUGCUGAGAACCUUCUGGCUCCUCCGAGUCGUGGAACACACAUUCAUCUUCUUCCUGUCCGGAUACUGGGAGGCCGAAGACAGCUACUCCCCCUACUUCAGACUGAUGAAAUACCUGAUGGUGACGGGCUGCGACACCGUUUCGGCCGUUUUGGGCAUCACCAGCAUCGUAUCGUACAUAUGUAGCUACAUCGGUAAGAUCUUCCAGUGGAUACUGCUGACCGAAGACGACAACGACAAGAAUAUCGGUACGGUAUCGGCCAUAGUUUUCUACAUACUCGCCUUGCAAACCGGCCUCACCAGUCUGGAACCUGAAGUGAGAUUCGUGAGACUGUGCAGGAACUUCGGGUUGCUCUUCACCGCCAUCUUGCACUUCAUACACAAUGUAGUUAACCCGCUGUUGAUGUCGUUGAGCGCCUCUCACAACCCCUCGCUGAGAAGGCACGUCCACGCCCUCCUGGUGUGUCUUCUACUGGUGGUGCUGCCUUUGCUGCUCAUGUUCUACCUCUGGUCCACGCAGGAGACCUCCACCUGGCUGUUGGCCGUCAGCGCGUUCAGCAUCGAGGUCAUCGUCAAGGUGUUCGUCUCCCUGGCCAUCUACACCCUGUUUCUCCUGGACGCUCGAAGGGAGACCUUCUGGGAGAAGCUGGACGACUACAUCUACUACAUCAGGGCCUUCGGCAACACCAUCGAGUUCUGCUUCGGGAUCUUCCUCUUCUUCAACGGGGCCUGGAUCCUGUUGUUCGAGAGCGGAAGUGCCAUCAGGGCGGUCAUGAUGUGCAUCCACGCCUACUUCAAUAUUUGGUGCGACGCCAAAGCCGGCUGGUCUGUCUUCAUGAAACGUAGGACGGCCGUCAACAAGAUAGACAGCCUGCCGGACGCCACUGACGAGGAGCUGUCCUCGUACAACGACGUCUGCGCCAUCUGCUACCAGGAGAUGCGCUCGGCUAAGAUCACCAGGUGUAGGCACUUCUUCCACGGCGUGUGUCUGAGGAAGUGGCUGUAUGUGCAGGAUCGAUGCCCGCUAUGCCACGAGAUCUUGCACGGCAUCAACACCGAAGACAAGAAGGAGCUGACGGGGCCCCCGAUUCAGGCAGCCGAAGACGGCAACAGGUGAUAGGAUUAGGUGCGGAUCUAUUCGUUGUGAUUUAUAGGGUGAUAAGAUCUUACGUUGCGGGGUGUUCAGAAGAAGAGGAACGAGGAAUCGCUGACGAGGAAUCAAAUUCUGACCAAGAACCCACCCAGAUUGGCCUGGGGUUUUGUAUCUCUAGUGUGAUUGCGUCGGAUGGUCCCCCCUCCCCAUGACAAUGUUUUGUAUCUGCCUAACUUUCAACUUGGAGCGAUCGAAGGGAUUGCUCGACGAAAACCAAAGCCUAUUUAUCUGUAAAAACGAAUAGCGUGAGUGUCUAUCCUGCUCAUCUUGGCACGGAGUACCAAGUACAACUGAAACUCUCCGUGAUCUAACGAAAUUAAGCAUAUUGCUGCAUAUCACAUAACCUAAUCUGACAUCUGUCAUCGUGACAUUUCCUAGAUCGUCUAACCUAAUUUUUGUCAGACUGAUGGUUUAUUCCAUAUACUCUUCUAACGUUUAAGUCUAUCGAACAAUGUGAUAUGCAAUUAUAUCUCUUUGAAUUGUUCCCCUUACGUUGAAACUCAACUCUCGCAAUUUGCCAUAAGAAUCAUUGUUGAAAAAUGUUCAUAUAGGUUUGCCUUGUAGUUGUGUUUUUUUUAUUUUGCAUUCUUUACGGUGGUUUUCAGUAUUUAAAUGCAAUGUUUACAUCUUCGCUUAGUUAAUGCAAUUGAAUCUAGUCAGAUGAUAUUUAAAUGGAAUAUUAUAGAUAAAGAAUAGACUCUAUCUAAAUUUCUCUUAUAGGCUAAAUAACAUCAUCCUCUACAUUUUGAAAAGUGCUUCUUCUUCGUCAGUUUGUAAGUAGCAUGAUUUUGCUUUUAACUACUGAAAACUGCCGAGUUCAAUAAUAAAAAAAUUUAUAUUAUAAAUUUGUUAUCUCGAAAAGAGUAGAAUACUAAAUGUGAUCAAAGAUAAGAUACGAUGCAAUUUUUAUUUCGAUUAUAUUAUUCUGGCCUACCUCAUACUUGAGUAAGCGUGGAAGAGAGCAAUUAACUUGUCUAAUUAAUUUACUCAUAAUUUUGUUGGAUUAAAUUCUCCAACAGUUUGUUCUCUUAGACGAAUAAUGAAAAAAAUUGGGAAUUGGACAAUUAGCCUGCUAUGAAUUUCCAAUCUAUUAGGUAUGUACUUAGUGUAAAUAAUUAGGCUUGAAUGGAAUUGUGUAUUAUUUGUAAAUAUCUAAAGUUUCAAAGUCCACUUUUAAAAAAGAAAUAUUGAAUUUUAACACAUCAGUUUACAAGAUUUCUAAACUUUAUAGAAAUAUGUAAUUAGUAGGGAUAAAUGCAGGAUCUGACAAUAAACGAAUAAAAAUUAACAAUUCGUUGAAUUCUAUUGUAUGAAACCGAUGUUAACAUCCAACUAUUUCGAUGAAUAACUUGAAUGACACAAUCGUUUGACUUGAAGUGAAAUUAUCAUAAAGUAAAUUGAAAGACCCUUUGAAUUUUAAUGGAAAUUUAGGCAGCACAAUUUUUGUGUGCUCUCUGGACUGAUAUUGUAAUUAUAGCGAGAGAUCUUGUUGGCUGAUGUUGGACGGAUUCUCCCACAUUGAAUUCGAUAAAAUUCAUUGUUAUUUUUAUAUGCCUACUUUGACUUUCGGAAAUCACAUCGCACUAUUAAUAUUGUUCUUAUAUUAUUAAAUAGUGAAAAAAAUAAAAGGAAUAUUUUAAGUUUU